CAGGCAAAGUAGUCGUCGUCGUCGCUGAGAAUAUCGAGUUCGCAGGGAAGAGUGUUUUUAGGAGGCGGUAAUUUUUUCAGCUUCUACCAUAAAUUCGUGCAAAAUUUUCGCGUGUACCUUACCGAGUACGUCAGUACGUCACCAAGUCAGUGUUAUUGGCGCAAAGUGGAGCCGUAGUUUGAUCCGAAAAGGCCUGAAUUCGGGAAAGAAAAGCAGCAGCAGCGGAAAAAAUUCCAAUCAUCGAAGCUCUACCAGUGGACAUAGUCAGUCAGUCAACAGCGGGGAGGAGGGUGACAAUCGAACGAACGAAUAUCGGAGAUUGAAAGAUAUAAAGAGAGCGGCGUGCGGAGUUGGUCGAUCCGACAUAGGCCAGGCUAGGAUUUUCACGACUACGAACGCUUUUCCUGUGAACCUCUUGGGCCUUUCGAGGACUGCGUGAGAUUUGCUUAGGCGAAUGCCGUGAGUUGAGUAGAACCUUCGCAGGGUUUUGCUCGAUUUUGCAGCAGCAGUCGCGGGGCGUUUGGCCGAGUGCCGUUGACUCACACGCCUUCGGCGGAGGAAAAUUAUUGUGUCAGUUGCGUCGGCGACGGCGAAAAUUCAUUUCUGGUGUCAGCAGGGAAAAGGUCAAGUCGCAAUUCUCGGCGGAAACAGCCAAGACAAAGAGCGCUAGGACCCCUGUUGGACGUGAAUCGGUGAACAGUUUUGGUGACGGUCGUGGGACCCAGACGAGCGAGUGCCGUCAUUUCUUUGUGUUGUAGAUUUUCGCGACAAGCGAGUGUGCCCCAGACACGGUGAGUGCCGAGGCCGUUGCCUGCGAACCCAUCAGCAGACGGUGGAAUUGCUAAGAAAAUUGGUAAAAUCGUGACUUGAUCCCGGGAUAGUCACCCGAAUCCGAACGAACCCGACCAAGCCGUUCAGCUGAAAAGUCGAGUCAUCGCCGCGUUUGUUUGUUGUUUUGCGCUGUCUGCAACCAUUUCGCCUGUCGUCCGGGUUGUCCGGUAUCAUUGGGAGUGCGACCCGUGCCAAGCCGUGUCACCGCCAACUCUGAAUCGCGACUUACCUCGCUAAUUUCCAUGCAUUGCCUAGAGUCGCGGCCGUGCGACCCGUUGGACAAUUUUUCAGUUUUUCCCGUUGUCACUCGUUUUCACGCAGUCACCGCGGCAAGUGGACGUCGUCGGUCCGUUGUUGGCCUUCGUGCGGCGGCGGCUUAGCGUAGAAAAUUGCACAAAUGACAUAAAUGCAAGCGGGCGAGUGUCUUGCGUGAGAACAGCGCGAAUCGUAACAAAAACAAAUCCCGAGCAGAGACAAAAACCGCACGACAGACAUUGUAUGCUAGUGCUGGGCCAGAGGGAGAAGCAAGUAGCGAAGAGAGAUUCGAUACGCGAACGUGGGACGAGCACGACCAGAAACAGCAGUUUGACUAGGCGAUCCGUCGAGCAGCGGCGACAGUGGGGAGCGAGUGCGACGUCGUGCGUGCAAGUGCAGCGGGAAAGUGUGCGGCGCCGUCCAAGUCUCCGAACGUGUUGAAUAAUAAUGAGUCGACAUGAAGGUGUCAGCUGUGAUUCGUGUCUGAAAAGCAACUUUAGUGGCAAACGUUACAAAUGCCUUAUAUGCUUCGAUUAUGACCUGUGUGCCGAUUGUUAUGAGGAGGGUGCUACAAGCACCCGGCACUCAACGGAUCAUCCAAUGCAGUGCCUCCUAACUAGAACCGAUAUGGAUAUGUAUUUUGGUGGUGAAAUGCUUAAUUCAGAACAACCUCAAAGUUAUACUUGCCCGUACUGUAAAAAAAUGGGUUUUAGUGAUGCCAGUCUGAUAGAACACGUGGGCGCUGAACAUACAGACACCGGAUUGGAAGUUGUAUGUCCAGUUUGUGCCGGUCUACCAGGUGGCGAACCAAAUCUAGUCACAGACGAUUUUGCUGGUCAUUUAACAUUAGAACAUCGUACAGGACCCCGAGAUCUUAUCUCAUUUCUGGAUGAGCCUUCAGCAAUUCGUCAUGGCGGUGUACGUCGGAUUCCAGGACGAGCAUUGGGUGGGACCCGAUCGAGACGAUCAAAUAUGCAUUUCAGUUCAUCCGCAUUGUCGCCAUCAGGUCGGGAAUCAGUUGAUCCAAUAGCAGAGCUUUUAUCGCAAUUAUCUGGAGUAAGACGUGGAGCACCCCAACCCUCGCAGCUGCAACAACUACAAAUGCAAAUUCAGUUAGAACGACAACAAGUCUCGGCGACCCGUCAACAACUCGAACGUUUGCCCCGGCGCCAAGCUCAUCCAGUUGUAUCGUCAUCAAAUUCAAAUGCUCCAAUGCAGGAGGCGAUGACGUCUGGUUCAGGGACUGGCGGAACUGGAGUAAGUAAUGGGGCGAGCGGUUUAAAUGCUAGCGGGGCCGGUGGUUUUAGCCUUGUUUCGUCCUCAUCCUCGCAACAACCACAGACAAGUAUGGCUGUAACGUCAAUAAAUACACGUGAAAUUUCGAUAAAUUCGUCUUCGCUGCCACUGGCGGUUACCUCGAUGGGACUUGGCGGCGCACAAGGGAGCACUUCGAGUGAUUGUCAAUCGCAGUUUCUCCUAUCGAAAUUUAUGACACCCACCUUAGACGAGAACGAAUUGGCACAGUUGGAACGUGAUCGUGCCGAUCGAUCUCAAUAUGUUCAGGCUCUCAUGCUGUCAACGUUAUCCAAUAUUCAAUUGCAAAGUGAAUUCGAUAACCAGGAGCGUGGUGAGUCACAAGAAACGAACAGUGAUACUGUAAAUAGCGAAGCAAAUAACGAAAGUGGUGAUGAUACAUCCAACACUAAAGAUAAGGAAGGAAAGAAACGCAAAAGCGAUAAUAGUUUAACCGGUGCGGCAGCGGCUCAGCUGAAUGAACAGUCGUCCAACACCCUAGGGACAUUCGAAGAUGAAUUUGUAGACGAGUACACCUUACAGCAGCAGCAGCAACAACAACAGCACUCACAAAAUUUUACUAGUUCAGUUAUUAAGAAGAAAAUAGCCUGCGGUGGUGUGGCGGGAAAAUCGAAUGCAAACUCGACCCAGGAUCGUCGCGGUCGUUUUUCCGCUGCUGGAGGAGGUGGUGGAGGUGGCGGUGGUGUUGGCGGGGGCGGCGCAAGCCUGACGACAGCCCAACAGCCGCCCCAGGGCCAGCAACAGUCAAAGAUCACGCGCGAAAUUAAGUCAGCUUCGAUGUCAUCUAAAGAGAUCCCCGACUCUAGGUAGUGCUGUUUUUUUCAUUUCAGUUUCUCUUUCAACAACUAAUAAAUAUUAUAAAUAUAUAAAUAAUUGGAAAAGCAACAGAUUCUUUAGGCAUACCUUAUUACAAUUUAUUAAUAUUAUAUAUUAUAUAAAAUAUAAUACCAAGAAAAAAACUGAAACUGUAACAGAAUAUUUGAAGAAUUGAGGAAGGAAAUUUUCCAAAAGGCAAAGAGUCAAAUUGAAAAGUAACUGAACAUGUACUCCGGGCCGGUCGCGCGGACGCAGUCGAUCGCCUCAACCUAGUUAUGAGCAAACGAUGUUUUUGAAAAAAACGCUUCUACACUUAAGAACUGUCUCAAAUCGCUUUCUAAAGACAACAAAUAGAAAACUAAUUGAUUAAAAACAGAAAAUUCGAAAACCGAAAAAUUUUCGCGAGAAUUCUAAAUUAAGUCCUUAUUAUAAUUAUCAUUAUCAAUUAAUUUCUCUGGUUUACAGCCGCUGUGUGAAUUAACUUUAAAAAAAACUAUAUUGUUGUUAAUGUGUUAAUUAUAAAAAAAAAAAAUAUUUAGUUCUUUCUUAAAAUCCGUUUGUUAGUUUUCACUUUUGCGUAUGUAUGGUUUCUAGCGGUAGGACGUAGGAUUUAAAUUGCGAGCUGAUUUCGGAAGCGCUGCGUCUACAGCGCGGGG